AGGUCUAACCAACCUUAUUUAUUUUGCCUUUAAAUUUAAACUAUAGAAAGAUAAAACAUCUCAUGGGACGACAUUUUAAACUUUUAUCUUUUAGACCCCGAGUUUGAGAAAAGAUGGCAACUGAAUGUAAACUCUGCAAAAUUAGUUCGAAAACAACUUAAAAACAUGAUCUUCCGUUUGAGGAAAACAGGAAAGUCAGUAGCUUAGCAACACGAAAAGCGCUUGUGGAUUGUGCAGUCUUAGGAGAGGGGAAGUAAAACGACAAGCCAGGGCUGAAAUAAGAUCAAUCCAGCUUUGGGAGUCCUGAAGCACAAUGUCAGACCGCUACCUCAGUACAAGCAAAGGCCCGGCUUUUUGCAAAUAUGCCACCAGUAAAGGACAAAGGCUGUUUGAUAGAGGCUACUGGAAUCCGAUGCCUGUGAAUUCCUAUCUCAGCGGCGAUGGUCUGUCCUUCUGCUAUAGAGGUCCUGCUUACUAUGUUCCAUCGGAGAGAGCAUGGAUGGAUUACAAGGACCAUCGAUCUCUCCCCCCACUUACACGACGUGAUGCCAUCCACAUGGAUAGUGAGGAUAAAUACAGAGACUUUCAGAGGAAAAGAGACAGCAGACCAAAUCCAUCCGGAAUCUCAAUGGCAGGAUACCCUAUGAACUACACUGGAGUUCCAUAUCCACAGCUAGUUCCAUUUCACACAGAAGCUUGGACAAGACGCUGGGAUGGGCCUGGCAAUUUUGUGCCCCCAAGUGACAAGUGGGUCCACGAAAAUCCAGGAUCUCAGUACCAAGCAUAUAAGUUUUAUAAUGAAGAGGAUUAUGACAAAUUUCGCCAUCUGAAUGAAAACCCAUCAUAUCAUUUAAUUGAAAAGAAAGUAAGGUGAAUAAUCAAAUGGCCAUGGUUGAUGUUUAUUCUGUUAAUCUGUUGUACAAACAUUUCAAUUUGUUGGCAAAGAAAACAGUAAUAUAGAGUGUAUUGCCUCUGUGUUUGAAGGCGAGCAUUAUAAAGACUACAAAGCUUGACAUAAUUUAGGUUAAUGAAUUUUACGCAAAAAACAAUAAAAAGUUUUUAAAAAUCUUUGCCUUUUUAUAUUAAAGAAAAGGACUUUUAAGCUUGAACACGUUAGAAAUUCGUGCUCAUAUUUUCAACAUUAGAGAUGUACAUCUACUUCAUACCAUGUUUUGGUUUUUUUUACAUACUGUACUGGAACCUUGAUCAUUGAUUAGAGUAACCUUGCUAUGAAUUACGGUGAACAUUGUAAAGCUUAAUGGUAUUGUCAUAGCUGAGAUGUAUGUGGCCAAAACUAAACUUCCAUCUUGAUGAUAUGUGUUUUGUAGCUUUUUCCUUUUUCGUUCUAUGCGCCUUUAGUUUUCGAAUUGGUGAAUGUACAUUAUUUCUAUGUAGCAAGCGAAGAAUGGAAAAGAAGAAAAACCUCUACCUAUCAGUCAGCAAGGGUUUAUUAAUCUAAAGGAGUAAUGAAAUACAGUCCAAACAUAAUUGCCUUUCAUCAGUAUUAUUAUUAUGUGCAUAGCUUUAGAGUUUGUGCCAUUUUUAACAAAAACUUAAACUAUCUUGGAUGCGUUGUUGCAAUCUUUAUCUAAAAUAAUGACUUUACUGUCUCCUUUUAUAUCCCAUUUUGCAAUUUCUUGUGUAUAUAUAUAACUAUUUUCUCUCUUUUCUGGUGUUGUGUCAUAAAAAUAAUGUGACAAUUGUGUUGGAUUUUUAUUUCUGUUUUAUUAUAGCUGUUGGCAAUCAUUUCCCAGAUCUGAGAAAUCAGUAUAGCAAAAAUAAAACAUCUUUUUUUUAUU